UAUGUUUUGACAUUGACCCGACGCUGAGUUGUCCGUUACACGGCGCCCUCUUUUUCUCCUCUCUACCACCAUGUCCCGUAAUACUUCCCCUGCGCCCCAAACACUCUCCAUUCCUCCUCUUCCUUCAGCUCAUUCUUCACGCCAAAAAUCAAAAAAUAUUCCUAUGGGCAUAACUGCAGGUGCCGAGGACGUAAAGUACCAGGCAAAGUACAAAGAGCUCAAGAGAAAAGUAAAGGAAAUUGAACAAGACAACGACAGGCUUCAUUUCAAAGUCCUUCAGGCCAAACGAAAUAUUCAACGGAUGAAGAUUGAACGCGCCAUUCUCUACGACCGUCUGGCUUCCUUUCCCCCCUCUCCAGAGCUAAAUGAUCAUCAGAGUUUACCUCCAAUGAACCCUGUUUCUCAGCUUCCAAGUUCAGCUGUUUCACAUUCUGGUCAUCCUGACCCUAAUUACAUUCGAACAAGAGUCCCAGCUGGUCCUGACGGCCGCCCAGUCUCCUCCAUGGAUCCUCCCAUUGGUCCUGGCGUUGUCCCUUCAUUAUCAUUGCAUAAUUCACGUCAGAGCUCGAGCGGUUCGGAUACUCGCCAACUUCCACCGUUGGCUUUACCCCCAAUGCAGGCUUUGGACCGGCCUCCAAGCCCCCUUUCGCGAUCUCAUCAUGACGGUCCCUCCAUACAUCAUGAACGCACCUCGUCUCACUCGCAUUCCUCCUCUCGUUCGCGAGUUCAUCCACCCCAAGCCUACCAUCAUGCGUCGCCUCACCAACAACAGUACGAGAAUUAUCCACCCAUACCUCACCAUGCUUCACACAGUCCAUCGCUUUCCGAGCGUAGACGACACGACAUUCAUGACAUGGAACCUUCUCGUGCGCCGCCACCCCUCUCCCCGACUCAAGAGUCCUCGAGAUCGAUAUCUAAUCGCGAUCGUGUCCACAACCAUCAAAGAUUGGGACCGGGAACCUACAUCAACCGCGAGGACCAGGCGGUAAGAGAUCGUGAACAGCGUGAUUAUGAGCGGGUGCGCGAAUGGGAACCAGAACACGAAACAGCUUACAGAGAUGGUAACAAUAGAUCACACCAACAGCAGCGUCACCAUCAUUCCGAUUCACCACCUGCUGUUCAUCGUUCUUCGCGCCAACAACCGCCACCUCAAUCUCAUCACUCUCGCAUGAGGGAUGAGCAAGGCUACUACCUUGACAUCCCUGCAGGCGCAGGCAAAGUUGUGCGAUCAGAUACCCCGGGAUCAGGUGGUUCUGGUCAUGGUCCUUCUCCAGAUUCGCCACGGGGAGCUGGAAGUCAAUAUCCACCUUAUGAGCUCGAUCGACAACGUCCAUAUAAACUGCAGCCGGUUGGCGAGCCGAUGGACUACGGACAUCCCGAAGACCGCUCACCCACACAGUCCAGAACAGAUCGAAAUGGUGGUGGUGGUAGCGCUUCGAUGUACACCCCUUCCGAUAGCGGUAGUCGGAAGGAGAAAAGGCCCCGGAAUGAGGCAGGUGGUACUAUGGAUGUUGACAAUGGUGCAUACCUUGCCGAGGAAAGUCCUACGGGCUCUGGUUUGAAUAGCUAUACCCAUCAUCAGGACAGGGAUAGGAGUUUAAAACGGUAUCAACCUCGAGGAAGUGAAAGUCUGGAGGACGUGCGAAUGGGACCUUGAGAAACAGAUCAGAUCACGAAGGAAUGGCCAACAUCCAUGGGGGGAAAAAUCAAUAUUAGGUUGGUUUCACUACUCCCAAGUGACCUCCUAUACCCUUCUUCUCUUUCACAAUCUUCUCUUUUUUUCCCCUUCCUAAAGGCGACGGAUUACUUUUUCCCCUUUUCUCCGUAUAUUAUUUUACAAUACUUUUCUUUUUCUUCUGACAUUUGAUUUCUCAUAAGCUUUGACGUUUACGAAUGCUUUAGCUAUCCCUGGUGCAUUGUAUCUUAUGUUGUACAUUGUAAAUCUGGCCUUUUGGCCUCCUUUCCCCCUACGUGUGCAAAUGACCC